AUGGCCUUGAGCCAGCUGAAAUUCAAGGAACUGGGCGAGGAGGAGCCCACCUGGGAGCAGGAGAACCUGGAGAGCCUCAAGGCGCUGGCGGCCAAGCUGAAGCUGCAGACGCGCCGACCCUCGUACCUGGAGUGGGAGGCGCGGGUGAGGGGGCAGCGCUGGGGCACCCCCGGGGGCACCCCCGGGCCAGGGCAGAGCCCCCCGCACCCCCGGCAGCGGCAGCCGGGGGGCGUUUGUGGCUUUGCCACCCUGGAGGCGGCCUUGGAGUGGCUCAGGACGGAGCUGCGGGAGAUGCAGGCCCUGGACCAGCGGCUGGCGCAGCAGCUGAUGCGGCUGCGGGCGCGGCUGCACCGGCUCAAGGUGGAGCAGGCCUGCCACCAGCACAAGGAGAUGCUGGACGACGCCACCUUCGGCCUCGAGGGCUGCGAGGAAGACUCGGAUCUGCUGUGCACCAUCCCGCCCAAGGCCGCCUUCCUGCUCUCCACGCCGCUCAAGCACAUCGGGGUCACCCGCAUGAACAUCAACUCCCGCCGCUUCUCGCUGUGCUGAGCCCGGGGCAGCGACGGGGUUUGGGGACUGAGGGACUGGGGCAGGACGUGCUGUCCCCAGGGUGGUGACAUGCGGCGGUGGCACCGGAGUGUCACCAUCCCUGUGGGUGUCACCAUCCCCGGGGCACAGGAAUGUCACCAUCGUCUCCAGAGCAUGGUAAUGUCACCAUCCCCACUGGCACCGGAAUGUCACCAUCCCCAUGGGUGUCACUAUGCCACCAUGGGCAUCGAAGUGUCACCAUCCCUGUGGGUGUCACCAUCCCCGGGGCACGGGAAUGUCACCAUCAUCUCCAGAGCAUGGUAAUGUCACCAUCCCCACUGGCACCGGAAUGUCACCAUCCCCAUGGGUGUCACCAUGCCACCAUGGGCAUGGGAGUGUCACCAUCCC